UAUGUGAAUAAAAAAACAAGUUACACAGUGACUCUCCUUUUUCUUGUGGCCUGUUUUUAUUUAUUUUUUUUAAAGUGUAUAAUUCCCCUUGCCCCCUCCCUCUUUUUCUUCUUUUCUUUGCACUAUUUCCCCUCAUUGACAACAAACAACCAUUACAGAGAAUGAAUGCGGAAGUGUAUAAAAAGCAGGUUCAUCAUCGACCUAUUCCUUUUGCAGUAUUAAAGCUUCAGUUUAAACGCCUUGUAGCUCAACAAGAUAACGCAACGAGUAUUUACACCAAAGAUUUACUAAGUCUGAUUGAUCAAUACGAGCAUACAGAAAAUGUCAUGUUAUUGACCGACCUUCAAAAAAAGGCAAUAUUGCCCUAUACAAGGACCAACCCGGACCUGGAGAUGACGGCGGAUGAUAUCUUGAAUUUAUUGAGACUCGUCUGUCCCAACCCUGUAACCUCAUUAUCCGCUCCAACACAGAGACAGCCAUUGAACCUCGAGACAAUCAGACCAAGAACAUCCCCUCCCUUAAAAACAAACAAAUCCACUCCUUGGAAACGAAGACCCUCAGCAGUCGCUUCUUCCAUAGGCCACCGCAACGAUCUCAACCAGAUAUUGUCACAGCAGCAACAACAACCAGAAGAGGAACAUCAGCAGUUAAUCGAGAAUAUAUCCACAUCCUUGACCAACAUGAGCCAUUCCAUCGACACACCCGCACGAAAAGACGACGAACCCAAAUCCCCCAUAGAACAAGAAUACUCAAAUCAGGAUCUGGCAAGAUAUUACCGCAGAUCACUUUUACUUACACAAAGAUUAAAGUCAUCAGAAAAAAGCUUAGCCUCUAUGGCACGUGAUAAUGAAGACCGUAUCGUGCAACUGCAGAAUCGUGUGGAUGAUAUGAAUCUGGAGGUUGGGAAGCAGCGACGAGAGAUCCAAGAAUACAAGGGCAAAGAAAAGAACAGUCUCGAUCAGAUUGGAGCCCUGGAGUCACACAUCUCUCACAUUCAACGAUCUGAAACGGAUCAGAAGCAAGUGUAUCAAUCCAUAAAAAUGUUGUUUGAUGACAAAUGUCAGGAAACACAGAAACUGCAAGAGAUGCUAAGACAAAAGGAAUCUGAUUUACAGAAAACCGAAGCAUUAUUAAACAAUUUUCAUCAUGAAGUCCAAUUACUCAGUCAGGAACGAGCUCGUUUAAUUGGAUUACAGAACAAUUUGGAGCAGGAAAUGAAGACUUCAGCUCAAGCACAUCAACAAUUGGCAGAACAAAAGACAGAGAAUGAGAAACUCAAAGACAUCAUCGAUACGUUGAAAGUGGAUCUGGAUGAAGCCCUAUUUCACCAUCAUACCUUGGAUACCGUGCAAGAGGAUGAAGCACUGGAAGAAUCACAUGCUUUUAAAACGUUGGAAAAUGAAUUGAUAACGGAUGAAAAGGACGGUGUGCUGAAAUCCGUGCAAGACGAAAAGGAUUAUUACAAAACUCGAGCCACAGAGGCAAAAGAGGAUUUGGAUCGUGUCAAGAGUGAAUUGGAUUAUUUGCGUCGUGCACUGGAUUCCGAAAAUCGUUCGUUGGUAAAUGAAUUGGCCGAAUUGCGAAUAAAAGCAUCCACCACAACGACAGAUAUACCACAAAUCGAAAUGAAUAUACCAGUGCCCUUGGCCGUCAUGAAUGAUUUCUGGUCUCAGUCACGUGCACGUCCACGUAAUACAGGUUCUAAUAAGAAGAAGGGCAGAACAGUGCAAGAUCUGCAUGAGUCCUCAUCAUCCACAUCCUUUGUGAUUACAUCCACCAACAAGGACCUGAAAAUUAUGAAUAGAAAAGAUGAUAAGAUCAUCAAUAACACGGUCACCUUUGCAUUAUAUACGGUGGCUAUCUACUUUUUUGGUAUUGUCACUUCCACAUUUUUGAUGGAAGGUGGUGUUUCUACAGCUCCACCAUGGGAACAAGCGCUUGCUGCUGCUUCUACGGGUCAAAUACCCAAAAGCAAAUUAUUGGAAAUCAUUCUUUAUUGGCUAGAAAAAUUAUUAAUUGAACCUCAGGGAUUACCUGUUUCUUAAAAACAUCGUGGGAAAUAUUAAUUCAUCUUACAAAGAGUCUAUACUUAUUUUUUUUUUCUUGCAAGCUAUUUUUUUUUUUCUUACCCCGGAUUUUUUUUUUCUUUUUUCUUUUUUCUUUUUUUUUCUUCUUUUACCUUUAUUAAACUUCUUUUUUCUUUGUAAACUA